GAUGGCGGUGGAAUUCGCGGACUGUCAUCCAUUAUUAUCCUCAAGGAAAUAAUGCGGCAGAUCAACCGGGGCGUCCCAGCCGAUCGGCAUCUUCAGCCGUGGCAAGUUUUCGACCUCAUCGGAGGCACCAGUACAGGCGGCAUCAUCGCCGCCAUGUUGGGCCGCCUUCACAUGAGCCUCAAGGAGUGUGAAGAGGCUUACCUGAAGCUCGGGGAGGAGAUAUUUGCACCGAAGAGGGCAAGGUGGGAUGGUAGGCGACUUGUCGACUUCGUACAGGCCAACGAGAAGUUCGACUCCAGCAUCCUCGAGCGUUCUAUUAAGGCAAUUAUCGGGAAGAAAACAGGCGAUGAGAAUUCGCCACUCAAGCCUUCUGAGACUCCGGCGGAGGGUGACUGCAAAGUCUUCGUAUGCUCUGUUCUGGAGCGCAAUUCAGAGCCCGUGUUCCUCCGCUCCUACGAGUCCGGCAGCCUCGCCGAUCCGCUCUCUGACGAUUUUGACCUCUGGCAGGCCCUACGCGCGACGUCAGCGGCUUCCACCUUCUUCGAUGCUUAUCAGCGCGGCGCGAAGAAGUUUGUCGACGGCGGCUUCGCCUAUAACAACCCUGUGCAGCGUGUCAUGAUUGAGGCCGUGGACUUGUGGGGCACCGAUCGUCCCGCCCUCCUUAUCAGCAUCGGCACCGGCGAGCGGUUGGGCGAGUCGCUCGGCGGGAAUUUGAAGGAGGUAGCCAAGGGUAUGAUCAAAAUGUUGACGCAAACCGAGCGCACUGCCGACGAUUUCUUCUCGUCCCACCACGACAUGGUCGACCGAGGGAUGUACUUCCGCUUCAACGUACCCGGACUGGCCACAAUUGGUAUGGAAGAGUAUAAGGAGGUUGAUGCCAUCGAUUCACACACGAUUUCAUACCUAACCAAGGGCACAACCGGGAGGGAGUUAUCGGCCGUCGUGCGCAAGAUCAGGAACAUCCAAGCCACAGGUAAUGCAUGA